GUCGUUAAUAUUCAUGAGCCGGAAGACGUGCCGUUUUAGCAGCUUACCCAGGAUGCUCGGCGUGUCGAUAGCAUUGAAGAAUGUGUGACAAUGGCAACAAAUACUACAGAGAUGAAUCCAAAUUUCGACUGUCCGUCAUGGGCAGGGAAGCCUCCAGCAGGGCUGCAUUUGGACGUGGUGAAAGGAGACAAACUUGUUGAGAAACUGAUCAUUGAUGAGAAGAAGUAUUAUUUGUUUGGGAGGAACCCAGACGUCUGUGACUUCACCAUCGACCACCAGUCGUGCUCUCGCGUGCAUGCGGCCCUCGUCUACCACAGGCAUUUGAAACGGGUGUUUCUCAUCGACCUCAACAGCACACAUGGUACGUUCCUGGGACACAUUCGCCUGGAGCCCCACAAGCCCCAGCAGGUUCCCAUCGACUCGACUAUGUCGUUUGGCGCAUCCACGCGGGUCUACACCAUUCGGGAGAAACCUCAGAGUCAACCGGGCUCUGGCGUCGGGGAAAGUAAAACUGGUGACGACGAGGAGCUGAAGGGACUUCUGGGACUUCCAGAGGAAGAAACUGAACUGGAGAACCUGACCGAGUUCAACACCGCUCAUAACAAGCGCAUCUCCACCCUCACCAUAGAAGAGGGAAACCUGGAUAUUCAGAGGCCCAAGAGGAAGAGGAAGAACUCCAGAGUGACCUUCAAUGAAGAGGAUGAGGUCAUUAACCCAGAGGACAUCGACCCCUCUGUUGGGCGUUUCAGAAACAUGGUCUCAACAGCUGUCGUUCCUAUUAAGAGGAAGAAAAUGGGCGGUAGUAAUGUGCUGGGAAUCGAGGAAAGCGUGACGCGACACAUGCACGCGUUCCCCUUGCAAGGUGGACUCUACAGAGACCUCCCUCCUGCCAGUCACGAAGCUCAAUCCACAGGAGCUCCCAGCGGAGCCGCGAUCCUGGGAGGACUGCCGUUACCCCUGCCGAACCCUGCCCCGGACGUAGACCUGGCCCACGAGGCCCCGCCGCCCCCGCUCAAGCUCAACCCCACACCUGUAACCGGCCCGUACGUGUCCGAGCUGCUCAACGAACCCCGCAAGAAGAAGUACGCUAAAGAAGCCUGGCCUGGCAAGAAGCCCACUCCGUCUCUGCUCAUUUAGUUCUGCCUCUUCUAUCCUCAUGAACUGUGAAGCUUUGGCUUCUGCCGGACUACAAGAAUCUGCUUUAAUGCAAGACAUUCAUAUGGACGUUUUCAAGGAAUGAUUUUCCCAAAAAUGAACAUUUGACUUGCACGUCAUUCCAGAUUGGUAUCAUAUUCUCAAUCUGAUGACAAAAGGCGGAAUGUCUUCAUUUGCUCACUUCACUUCGAUUUAAAAAUAGGUGCAUUUCACUCUGUUCCUCACAGUAGAUGAUCUGAUCUUGGCCUUAUAAAUCAUCGGUUUUUGUUUCAUGUAAAACAGCUGUUUGGAUAUUGUGCUUUCGAACUUUUGUGCUUCACAGACAAACAACAACAACAGGGUUUCUCAGUGACAUGAGGGCGAGUAAAGGACCGUUUUCAUUUUUGGUUGAAUU